GUGUGGGGAAUCGAUGGGUGAAGUCGAGAAAUCAUUCAAAAGUGCAGUAUCAGCAUAAAGUGCAUUAAUAGCCGGCGACAUAUUUUUACGAUCAUAUCCAAAACAUGUUCCCAUAGAAAACAGCUGAACGGAGAAAUAUCGAUGCCUUCUAAUAUAUUCUCUGUAUAUACAGCAGUAUAGACUGCCAGGGGUUAAUUUAAGGUUAACAAAAAGGACAAGCGCCAUGCGAUUUGCUCUUGGCAUUGUGGCCAUCAUCUGGACACUAUUUGUCCUGGCCGACGGAGUGGAUCCCGGGAACUUUAAGACCUGUGAACAGAGCAGUUUCUGCCGACGCUCCCGAAAGGUACAGAGUUCGGGCAGCAAGUACGCCUUGAUUCCGGGCACUCUGAACACCUAUGCCGAUUCGCUGACCGCCGAUCUGGUGAACAAGGAGAAUCACCACCAGUUUGCCUUCAAGUUGGAGGCACUGGAGGGCAGCACUUUCCGGCUGCAGAUUGACGAGAAGCAGCCACUUAGGCCGCGAUACCGCGUGGAGCACGCCCUCAAGGGGCAGCCCCGGGCCGGACGCAUUCGUGUCCAGCGUGAGACGGACGGUGAGAUUGUCAUCACAUCGGAGAAAAACAAGGCCGUCAUCCACGGCGACCCCUUCCGCAUCGAUUUCUACGAGGACGAUGUCCUGGUGGUCUCGGUGAAUGCCAAGAACUGGCUGUACUUCGAGCAUCUGCGUCAGAAGGCCCAGGAGCAGACUCCCGAGCCCGCGGAAUACGAGAACCAGCAGGAGCAGGAUGCCGCUGUGGAAACUCCGAAGGCAGCCGAUGCCAUCGAUGACCCCGGCGCAUGGGAGGAGAACUUCAAGUCGCACCAUGACUCCAAGCCAUAUGGUCCAGAAGCAGUGGCUCUGGACUUUGCGUUCCCUGCCGCCGAGAUCCUCUUUGGCAUUCCGGAGCACGCCGAUAGCUUUGUCCUGAAGUCCACCUCCGGCACGGAUCCAUACCGUCUGUACAACUUGGAUGUGUUCGAAUAUGUAGUGGACAGCAAGAUGGCCCUGUAUGGCGCAGUGCCGGUGAUCUACGGUCAUGGACAACAGCGCACUGCCGGCGUUUACUGGCAGAAUGCCGCCGAGACAUGGGUGGAUAUCCAAACCUCGGAAACCAAUGUGGUCUCUUCGCUGGUGAACUUUGUGUCCGGCUCGCGAAAGACUCCACCGCCGGCUGCCCACUUCAUGUCCGAGUCGGGAAUUGUGGACGCCUUCAUCAUGCUGGGUCCCAAGCCCAUGGACACAUUCAAGCAGUACGCUGCUCUGACGGGAACGCACGAGUUGCCACAGCUAUUUGCACUGGCCUACCACCAGAGCCGAUGGAAUUACAACGACGAAAGGGAUGUGACCACCGUGUCGGCGAAAUUCGAUGAGUUCAACAUACCGAUGGACACCAUGUGGCUGGAUAUCGAGUACACCGAUGGCAAACGCUACUUCACCUGGGACAAGUUCAAGUUCCCACAGCCGCUGGCGAUGAUCAAGAACCUCACGCAGCUGGGCCGCCAUUUGGUGGUGAUCAUCGAUCCGCACAUCAAGCGGGAUAACGCCUACUUCUUCCACCAGGAUUGCACGGAGCGUGGCUACUACGUGAAGACGCGCGAGGGCAACGACUACGAGGGUUGGUGCUGGCCGGGAUCGGCCAGUUAUCCCGAUUUCUUCAAUCCCGUGGUCAGAGAUUACUACGCCAGCCAGUACGCACUGGACAAGUUCCAGACGGUCACCGCCGAUGUGAUGCUGUGGAACGACAUGAACGAACCGUCGGUGUUCAAUGGCCCCGAGAUCACGGCGCCCAAGGACCUAGUGCAUUUUGGCAACUGGGAGCACCGCGACGUGCACAAUCUGUACGGUCACAUGCAUCUGAUGGGCUCGUUUGCCGGCUUGCAGCAGCGCGAUCCCAACCAGCGGCCCUUCAUCCUCACCCGUUCCCACUUUGCGGGAUCGCAGCGUUAUGCCGCCAUUUGGACGGGUGACAACUUGGCGGACUGGUCGCAUCUGCAGCACUCAAUCAAGAUGUGCCUCACCGAGGCGGUGGCCGGUUUCUCCUUCUGUGGCGCCGAUGUCGGUGGAUUCUUCGGCAACCCGGAUAGUGAGCUAUUGGAGCGCUGGUAUCAGACGGGCAUUUUCCUGCCCUUCUUCCGGGCCCAUGCCCACAUCGAUACAAAGCGGCGGGAGCCGUGGCUCUUCCCCGAACGCACUCGCCAGGUGAUCCAGAAUGCGGUGCUCAAGCGUUACUCCUAUCUGCCACUGUGGUACACCGCCUUCUAUGAGCUGGAGCUGACGGGUGAGCCGGUUAUCCGGCCCCUGCUGACCCACUAUCCGCAGGACAAGGAGGCAUUCGGUGUGGACAGCCAGCUGCUGGUGCAGGAUCGCCUCCUUGUGCGGCCCGUCAUGCAGCAGGGCGUCAGCAAAGUGGACGUCUACUUCCCGGCCAUUGAUGACAAGAAGAACGGUGACUGGUGGUACGAUGUGGACACCUAUCAGCGCCAGGAACGAUCCGGCUAUGUGUCGGUUCCUGUAGAUGACAACAAGAUACCCGUGUGGCAGCGUGGCGGCAGCAUUGUUCCGAAGAAGGAGCGCCAACGUCGCGCCUCCACCUUGAUGCAGCACGAUCCGUACACACUGAUCAUCUGCCUGGACAGGCAGGGCAAGGCCGCCGGCUCCCUCUACCUGGACGAUGAGAAGUCCUACGCCUACCGCCAGGGGCAGCGCAUCCACGUGAACUACGAGUUCGCCGACGGCCAGCUGGUCAACCGCUUUGUGGGCAAGCCCAAGUACAAGAGCCUUGCCUGGAUCGAACGGAUCGUGAUCGCCGGGCUGGAGAAGGUACCCAGCACUGCCAGUAUCACUGUGAAUGGCGUCAGCCAGCAGCUGGAGGUGCUCCAACAUGACCAAACCGUCGUUGUGCGCAAGCCGGGCGUCAAGAUGGACGUCGACUUCGCCAUCAAACUGAACUAUGUGUAGUCUGUGGUCGCCGUCGGCUCGUAUUAGUGUUUUACUUAAUCUAUGCACACAUUUGAAAUUGCUAUUAAAGUUGUAAAGCUCA